AUAACCAUCAGUCCAUGAUCUGCUGCUCCGCCUUGCACACAGACUGAAAAUUAGCGCCACUUCUUUCUCUCUCCACACUGUAUGAGCGUCUGAGACAGGCUCUGCUACGUUGCCAUGGUGACUUGUUCCCAUUGUGCUCUUGGAGGCUAAAUUCAUUUGGAAUGGUGCUCAGAUUGUAAGCUCUGAUGUGUAGCAGCAGGAGGCUCAAAGCGUGGUGCUACGGGUGCCUCCCUGACCCAAGGAGAGUGGGUGGAGGGUAAGUCUACAUAAACACACCUUUAUCUGCUGCAUCCAGACUGAACUACUGAGAGGAUGUGAGACUGUGUCCCUCUGUAGCUCGGUCCUUUUUAUUGUCUCGUUUUGUGUUGUUUUCUCCUAGUAUGGUGCUGCUCAGUUUUGGUUAGAAGUCAUUACUUCAGCACCAUCAGAACUGUCUCCUAAAGCUGAUCCAGCUGUAGGAGCAGAGCUCCAGCUCUCCGGAGAAGAAGACUUUAGGAGGACGGCUGCUGUCGGCCAAGGAAACUAAUUUACUUUCAGUUUAGCCUUGGAACAGCCAUAAAUGGUAAAUGACCUGUAUUUGUAUAGCACCUUCUUAGGGUGCUACAGCCCCCCAAAGCACUUUACAACACAAUCAGUUAUUCACACGCUGGUGGUGAUGAGCUACAGUGUAGCCACAGCUGCCCUGAGGCUAAAUUACAGAGGCGAGUCUGCUGAACACUGGUGCCACCGGCCCCUCCGACCACCACCAGCAGGCAAGGUGUAUUAAGUGUCUUGCCCAAAGACAUAAUAGCAGAGUUCUCUGGUCAGAGCCAGGAUCGAACCUUCAACCUUUCAAUUACUGGACAACCUGCUCUACCUUCUGAGCUGCUGCUGUCCCAUAAAUAAAGAAUGGUCCCUAAAAAUCCUCCCAGAGACACUCCAUCCAUCUAACAACACGUAGGUGAUGAACAAUGUCUUCACCGGCAUGAAGGAGCACCGGGCCAGAUGAUUUGAUUAGUCUGAUGUUGGAGAAAGUACAUCGCCAAACUGGCCCAGGAACGCCUUGAGGUCCGACCGGAGGAGCUGGUGGAGGUGGCCGGGGAGAGAACAGUCUGGAACUCUCUAGCUGGGAUACUGCCGUCGUGACCCGGACCGGCGGAAGAAGACGAGACGAGAAGUUUCAAAGGUUUUUAUCACCGGUUACAUGGCGCUCAUCCAAAGAGACAUUAUCUUCAGUGUUGGUCCUUCUAGGCCUUUGUAGUCCACCCAGGCCAGCUGCCAACCAGCUUCUGGUUGGAUGGAACUCCAUCACAGCAAAGGCAGAAAUACAGACACUUGUAAUGUGUGCAAACUGGGCUUUCAACAUGCUGGAAAGGACAGCUCCAUGAUUUGCUGCCUUCAAACAAGCUACUUUCGCUGUCUGCUUUUCCCUUCGGGCAUCAACAAAGCCAUAGCUGUCAAGUAUCCCGUUUAGACCGGGAAACUACCGUGUUUUACCCUGCUUUCCCGCCGUCCUCCCGUAUUAUUAUUUUCCCGUAAAUUUCCCGUUGUCAUGGUCUGUGUCUGCGUCUUUCCCCAUGUGUCUCCUGAUGUCCUCCAUCCCUCUUUAGAUUCCCCUUUUGUGUCUCAUAGCGCCCUCAUGUGUCCUUUGUCUGCGUCUCAUUUAUGUGCCUUCUGUUUGUAGCCUUUCAGGUCAUCCCCAGCCCCUCCAGUUGUAGCUCCAGCCUUUUUGUCCCCAGCUCGGUGUGUGUGUGUGUGUGUGUGUGUGUGUGUGUGUGUGUGUGUGUGUGUGUGUGUGUGUGUGUGUGUGUGUGUGUGUGUGUGUGUGUGUGUGUGUGUGUGUGUGUGUGUGUGUGUGUGUGUGUGUUCUUCUCCAGUCAGGUCCGGUGUCCUCCCCUGCUCCUUCCUGCUCCUCCUCCCUGAUUAGGUAUUGCCUUCACCUGGUUCUCCCCCCACACACCUGCAGCUCAUCUGCCUCCCAUUAUGCCCCGGUCUAUAAAGCCCUGUCUGUUUCUCAUUGUCUUGUCGGUUUAUUGUUGUUUGUCAGCGUGAUUUAUUCUGUCAGUCUGCCCGUUCCUCUGGUGUUUUUGGAUCUCCUGAUCAUUUCCUGAUUUUUGGAUUUAUUUUUAUUUUUUGACUCAUCCUACAAUAAAAGGAUUUUUUUACAGUAUAUCAACUCCUGCCCGUAUCAUCCUGGGUAUCUGCAUUUUGGGUCCAAACAGUCCUCUCUACGUGACAACCGUAUUUUAAAAAUUCCUCUGCCUCUCUAAAAUUAUCUGUAGCCUCGCGAGAACUGCCCCUACAGUUGUCGCGGGAUUUGUGCAGACAGCGGCAACAUAACAGGAACAACAAACGAGAGCGAUGGAUGCAAGUGAAGAAGGCAUUCCUGACAAAAAAUCAAAGAAGUCGUGUAAAUAUCUGGAAAAAUGGGACAGCAGGAUGGGACUAAGUCACGCAUUUUUUAAGAUUUGCAGUUGUGACUUUAGUGUCUCCCACGGGGGAAGGAAUGAUGUCAGUCAUCAUGAGAAAUCAACCAAGCACAAGCGCUGGCUAGAGGCACAGAAACAUGCCCAGACGAUGUCGGCAUUUGUGACUAGGAAUACCACAGAGGCUGACCAGGUCAUGAAUGCGGAGGUUAAAAUGGCAAUGCUGUGUGCCAGAAACAAUGCUUCUAUCACCUUCUGUGACGACUUCCACAAGUGUGUAGCUGAGAUGUUCCCGGACUCUGCUAUUGCACGAAAACAUUCUGCGGGAAAAACCAAAUCUACGCAACUCAUCAAAGGUGCCAUAGCAGCAGAGCUAGAUGAUGAGUUGGCCAGAACAUGCCGAUCGCAGCCCUUUUCAUUGAUGUGUGACGAGUCGAACAACAGAAGAACGGACGAAGAAUUCGUCAUCCUGACCAGACUCUACGAUGAGGCCACUCUGCAGGUCGCUACAAAAUUCAUGGAGAUGCCCAUAUGCAAUGUGGGAAAUGCAGAAAAUCUGUAUGAAAAGCUGAGUGAAGCAUUAAGAAAAAGAGGCAUCCCAUGGGAGAACCUGAUAGCCUUUGCCUCUGACAACGCCAGUGUCAUGAAAGGCAGACACAACUCUGUUACCAGCAGACUGAAGACCAGCCAGCCCCACGUCCAGGACCUUGGCUGCAUCUGCCACCUAGCACAACUGGCCUCUGGCUGUGCCAUCCAAGCAGCACAGGUACCAGUGGAAGACUUCCUGGUUGGGAUAGACACCCACUUUGAUAAAAGUGCAAAAAGAUGUGAAAUCUAUAAAGAAUUUGUAGAUUUUACCGAUUCAGACCACCUGCAGCUCCUCAGGUACUGCAGCGACCGACGGCUGAGUCUGUUAACCUGUGUCCAGAGAGAGUUGAACCAGUGGGACGCACUGCAGUCAUGAGGAGGUGGAGAGGAGCGCCAAAACACAUGAUUUAGCCAGCCAUCCAGUCAUGAAGAUGUACCUCAUGUUCCUGACUGCUGCCCUUAAACCUUAAACCUGAUUUUAAUAUCGCCUUCCAGUCAGAGGGAGUACAGAUUCACAGACUGGAAGAGGAGACGUGCAGGCUGAUCAGGAGGAUCCGGGGCUACCUCAUACCAGCCAGGGCCACCGUAGGUAUACCUCUCAGCGAGGUGGAGUAUGGACAAGGACAUCAGUUGGCUGAUGAGGAGCAGACACAAGGCCUUCAUGAAGAACGUAGAGCUUCCCAUGUCCACUGAGCAGAACAUCUUCCAAUCUGUGAGAAGGUUCUACGAAGCAGCGCUUCAGAAGAUGUUCUCCUCCUUUCCCCUGGACCAUCCACUCCUGAGGGACUUGAACGUGCUGGACCCUGCUGCUCGCAGGGGCAGUGGAAAGGCUGGGGGCCAUGUUCCCUCAGUGGAGCUCGAGUGAAGAUGGGCUGAGAGAGGAACUCGUUGACUACCAGGUGACAGAUAGCAAGCAACUCCCCCAAGAAGACCACAGUGACAGACUCUGGGGCCUGCUAGGGACGGAUGGGAGGUUCAGUGAGCAGCCGAGGUUAAUGAAGGCUGUACUCUGCCUUCCCCACAGCAACGCCAGUUCUGAAGGGGUGUUUAGUGUGGUGAGAGCGAUCGUUACAGAGAACAGGACGACAUUAGACACCAGCACCGUUUGUGCUUUACUGUCACGUAAAAUCAACCCGGCCUACAAACACACUCCUUCCAAAAGGUGUUAAAGAACCUGCAGCACGUGUGUGUGAGCAGUCAUGAGAGAAUGUCAGAGCGCCACGUGAGUGAACAAGAUACAUGUAAACAAAAUAAAAUGUACAUGUUUACGUUAAAGACCAGCAAUGUGAAAUAAACAGGAAGUGAUGUGUUGACUUGUUUAUAAACUGAAAAAUGUAAAAUCAGUAAAGAUGCUUCAUUUCCCCGUUUGUGUUUGCAUUCAGGCUGUUCAACCAGACUGUUCACAGCCUCUCAACGCCAACACAGGCAGCCGAUCAGCUUCUGAUCACCGUGGUUGAGAAGUGUUGUUUAGAUGUUUGCACACCUGUCCUACGACGUGAGAGACGCUAGCGCUCGGCUGUGGCGGCGGCUUGGCUCGCUGCCGGUGUCGUAAAUGUUCCCUUAUGUUCAAAUCCAAGAACAAAGCCUCCACCCGUACACCAGCCUUCGUGUGCGGGUGCUGUGUGUUCAUUCAUGAGGUAAAAAUGAAUUUAACUGGUUUUAGCAAACGGCUGUAUUGUGACAGAGUGAAGAAUUCAUGAGGGUCUGAUUACUUACUGAACUCAAUGCAUUCACACCUUCACAAGAGACCAGGAUGGAUCAGUGCGGUUGUCACCAGGACAGAUGGAUGGAUGCUUGUGGGACGUCUCCAACACAAGUGGGAGAGUCAGCAGAAAACAGAAAUGCAGUUUAAAAAGUGAAGAAAUAAAAAUGGCGACCCAGCUCUGCAGACUCCUGAGCUGAUGGACGUCGUCGUCGUAAAGCCGCAGUCUCUCCAGGAGACAAGUCCCUCUGGACUUCCUGUUUGGUAGGACUCUAGAGGGCGCUAUAUCAAAUACAGGCCAUUUACCAUUCCUUGCCUUCGUCCAAGACAUGCCAGCAAACGGAAGCGUGUGUAACGAUUAGGCAGACAUCCUGGGUUCUGCUCUAUCAGCUGCUGUAACCAAUCAUUGAUCAGACUAGAGAUGGAAAGAAACCAAAGAGUCAAACAGAGAAACACCAUUGAUCAAAGGCAGCAGGAGAUCAGAACUUCUGAGCAGCAGUAGAUAAACCCGAUGGACGAGCCACGCAGGUCCGGUCUGACGGGACGGAGCUGGAGGUCAUCACCUCCACAGGAAACCAGCAGCUGGACCGUCUCUCAUCUCAGACCAACCUAAAAAUGAAGAGAAAGUUCUGAUUGGCUGUUCCAGACUGGUUCUCCUGGACAUCACCUGGCCCAGAACUCUGGGUCUGCCUUGCUUUGGUCCGUUUCUUGUUCUGUUACUAGUCUGCUUGUUUGAAGUGUACGGGUCUCUGAAACAACCUUGUCUCACUACGAGUCGGUCCUUCCGGCGGGUUCAUGUCUCAGUAGGAGCUGCACAACAAACAGAACCAAGACGGGAAAUGAGAACGGAUCCCAGCUGAAGACGAGAUGUCCCAGACCAGAGCCAGGACUCGGGAUGUGGUCGUGUUAAUGUGAACGACUCUGUAAUGAGUCACAGGUCUGCUGCAGUAGCUUGUUUAGCUUUUAUUUAAAUCACCACAUCAGGAUCCACU